AUGGCGGGGCUGAGCAGGGCGGCAAUGCUGGCCACGGCGAUGGGCCUGAUCGUGGCAGCGCUGCUGUUCCCGGCAGCUAUGUCGACGCGGCCGUCCUUGAUCUCGAUGACCACCGGCGGCAUCCGGCAACUCCCCGACGGCCUGUCAUAUGACUUCUACAAGGAUACGUGCCCCACCCUGGAGAUCAUGGUGCGCGAGGCCGUGGAGAGGGCGAUUGAGAGCGAUGUUGGGGUUGUCGCUGGCCUCCUCCGAAUCUUUUUCCACGACUGCUUCCCCCAGGGCUGCGAUGGGUCGAUUCUACUGACCGGAGCAAACAGCGAGCUGAAGAUGCCGCAGAACGUGGGGCUGCGGCAGAGCGCACUGGACCUCAUCGAGAGCAUCCGCGAGACGGUGCACCAGGAAUGCGGGGCCAUCGUCUCGUGCGCCGACAUCUCCAACCUCGCGACCAAGCACGCCGUGAUGCAGUCCGGCGUGCCGGGGAACCUGGUGCCAGGGUACCUACUGCCCCUCGGCCGCAAGGACAGCCUCGGGCCGGCCACAACCCAGCAAGUCAGGGCCAUUCCCAGCCCCGACCUCGACGUCAACCAGCUCGUCGAAGCCUUUGCCAGCCGCGGCCUGAACGAGGUCGACCUCGUCGCGCUCUCCGGCGCGCACACCAUCGGCAAGGCGAGCUGCGGCAGCUUCAUGAACCGCGAUGGCGAGAACGACGAGUUCGUGCAGAGGCUCAAGAACAACUGCACUUAUUUCCCUGUCGCCCCCCUGCAGGACCUCGACGUCACCACCCCUAACACCUUCGACAACUAUUACUACAAGAACCUCCAGAACAGGACGGGUGUGCUCCACUCCGACAUGCAGCUCACCCUCAACGCCACCAUAAACCAGUUGGUCGACUUCUUCGCCGCCGACCAGGGGUGGUUCUUCUCGACCUUCAGCACCUCCAUGAGCAAUCUCGCACAUCUGGAAGGCAAACCGGCCAUAAUAGGGGAGGUCCGCCGCAACUGCUUCAAGGUUAACGGGCUGGAACUCACCGCCCCUAACACCUUCGUCGCCUCUGCUUAA